GGAGACAUAAAUAGGGCCUGGGAGAGCUGGCGCUCAGAGGCCGCUGGACACUGGAGGUCGCUCACAUCCAUCAGGAUGAAAGCCGUGGUGCUGACCUUGGCCGUGCUCUUCCUCACGGGGAGCCAGGCUCGGCAUUUCAUGCAGCAAGAUGUGCCCCAGUACUCUUGGGAGCAAGUGAAGGACAUGAUCGCUACGCUUGUGGAAUCAGCCAAGGACGGUGGCAGAAACGGUUUGGCCGAUAUUGACGCCUCCAGUGUGGGAAAACACCUCAACCUGCAUCUCGCCGACCACUGGGACACUCUGAGCACCACCCUCUCCAAGCUGCGUGAACAGAUAAACCCAGCCACCAAGGACCUAUUUGAUAAACUCGAAAAGGACGCAGCGGGCCUGAAGCAGGCGUUGGACAAGGACGUGGAGUUGGUGAGGGUGAAGGUGCAGCCCUACCUGGACGACUUCCAAAGCAGUGUGCAGGCGGAGCUGGACCUCUACCGCCAGAAGGUGGCGCCGCUGACCGAGGAGUACCGGGAGAAGGCGCGCCAGAAGCUGCAGGAGCUGCAGGAGAAGCUGGCUCCCUUCAACGCGAAGCUGCGCGAGGGCGUGCGCGCCCAUGUGGACGCGCUGCGAGCCAGCGUGGCCCCCUAUAGCGAGGAGGCGCGCCAGAUGCUGGCCAGCCGCCUGGAGGAGCUCAAGAAGGAGGGCCUGGGCGAGUACCCCGCCAAGGCCGCUGAGCAUCUGAAGGCGUUCGGCGAGAAGGCCAAGCCCGCGCUGGAAAACGUCCGCCAGGACCUACAGCCCUUGUUCGAGAGCCUGAAGGCCGCCUUCCUGACCGCCGUCGAAGACGCCCAGAAGCAGCUGAGCGCCGCGUGAGAAGCCGGGCGCCCCUGCGACUCCUCUAGGCCUGGAACCCCAGCUGGGGGGAGGGACUCCUUGGGGUUCCUGUUUGCAUCUUUCUGUUUCUUAGAAUAAACAUUUCCA